AUGGCGUCUUGGGCUGCCUUGUCGCCCAGCAUCGUAGAGUAUUUCGAGGGCGAGGACUUCUACCGCUGCGGCUACUGCAAGAACGAGUCGGGCAGUCGCUCCAAUGGCAUGUGGGCACACUCCCUGACGGCUCAGGAUUACCAGGACCUCGUGGAUCGCGGGUGGCGGAGGAGUGGAAAAUAUGUGUACAAGCCUGUCAUGAAUGAGACAUGUUGUCCUCAGUACACAAUAAGGUGCCGGCCGUUGCAGUUUCAGCCAUCAAAGUCCCACAAGAAGGUUUUGAAAAAAAUGUUGAAGUUUCUGACUAAAGGGGAAAUUACCAAAGGAGACGGUGAGGAUGAGCCCAUGGAUUCCACAGUGGAGCCAACUGUUGCAGGGGACUUCGCAUUAAUCAAUAAAUUGGAUAUACAGUGUGACCUCAGUGCACUAAGUGAUGACCUCAAAGAGAGCUUACAGAGUGAAGAGAAGCAGCAAGGCAUAACCUCGAAGAAAGAGGAGCCCCCUACAUUAAUCCAGUCACAGCACGUGGAAGAGAAACUGGGCUCUGGUGAGCCGUCAUGUCCCGUUAAAGUCCACGCCCCUCCAAAGCCAGGUAAAGGUGCUGAUUUGAGUAAGCCUCCAUGUAGAAAAGCAAAGGAAAUCCGAAAAGAAAGGAAAAGAUUAAAGCUGAUGCAGCAGAACCCUGGUGGGGCGCUGCCUGGACCCCAGCCCCAGGGUGGCCCCUCACCCUGCACGCCACCAAAGGCCAGAUCCAACCAGCCCAAGUCCCUGGAAGAUUUAAUUUUUGAACCUCUGCCAGAAGGUGCACUACACAAGCUAGAGGUGAGGUUGGUGAGAUCAUCUCCACCAAGUUCUCAGUUCAAAGCCACAUUCCAGGAGUCUUACCAGCUCUAUAAACGUUACCAGAUGAUUGUUCACAAGGACCCAUCUGAUAAACCAGCUGUGAGCCAGUUCACACGGUUCCUCUGCAGCUCGCCUUUGGAGGCCGAGCAUCCCCCGAAUGGGCCCGAGUGCGGCUACGGCUCCUUCCACCAGCAGUACUGGCUCGACGGGAAGCUCAUUGCCGUGGGGGUGGUGGACAUCCUCCCCUGCUGCGUGUCGUCUGUGUAUUUGUACUACGAUCCCGAUUACUCCUUCCUGUCCCUGGGAGUCUACUCUGCACUGAGAGAAAUUGCAUUUACUAAGCAACUCCAUGAGAAGACGUCUCAGCUCAGCUAUUACUAUAUGGGCUUCUACAUCCACUCGUGUCCCAAAAUGAAAUAUAAGGGUCAGUACCGACCGUCUGAUCUGCUGUGUCCUGAGACGUACGUCUGGGUCCCCAUUGAACAGUGCCUGCCCUCACUUGACAACGCCAAGUAUUGCCGCUUCAACCAGGACCCGGAGGCAGUGGACGAGGGCCGCUGCGAGGCACCUGACCGCCUGCGGGUGUUGCACAGGAAGGCCAUCAUGCCCUACGGGGUGUACAGGAAGCAGCAGAAGGACCCCAGCGAGGAGGCCACUGUCCUGCAGUACGCCAGCCUGGUGGGCCAGCGCUGCUCCGAGCGGAUGCUCCUCUUCAGAAACUGA